AUGUUCAAGGCCGCGUAUUUUCUCGCCUCGGCUGCGCUGGCUGUCGCGCAAUCACAAACACAGCAGCCAUGCGCACUUGUCGCUUCUCGAAUCACACAAUCGCCGCAUUCAGACUGCUUAGACUCAGUCCCGGUCGACACCUCAGGGAAUGAAAAGCUCAUAGAAGAGUUGAAGACUGUUUGGCAAUUCCAAUCCGAAUUGGUGUGGUUCAAGAAUCCCGGAGACGGCUGGGAAUACGGUCCAUUGGAUAUCAUACAAGAGUUGGACAACGUGAAGAAUAGCCUGAGCUCGUUUAAGAGCGAAUACGCCGUGCAACUCGCUAUACAAAAUAUUACCGUCCGCACAGGAAACUUCCAUUUCAACUACGACCCCGACAUCCUUCAGGUAUUCCGAUUUUCACGGCCCUUGAACGUCGCAUCGAUUUCAUCAGACGGCAAAGCGCUGCCAAAAUUGUACGUCCAUGAUGACGUUCAGGAGUUGGCUGCAGGGCUCAAGACUGUGUCCGAAAUUCAGCAAAUCAACGGGCAAAAUCCAUACGACUUCUUGAAGUCAACGUUUUUCUCCCAGUAUAUUGAUUCCGACGGUCGGAUGAAUAACAUGUUCUCCAAGGGCGAUACGAACAACCAGGGUGCAUUUUCCUCUCAAGACAAGUAUGACGGCAAUGUCACGGAGAUCAAAUGGGCAAACGGUUCGACAUCAUCCAUUCCCAACAUCGCCACAUCGCAAUAUAGCUUCACAGGUGUAAAGGACGGAAAGAGCUUUUUCGAGAAGUUUUGCACGGGUGCUAUAGCCGGCGCAACAACUUUUACAGCCGAUGCGGAUACGAAAGAGAAGGAUAUCGGUGCCGUCUCACCCAGCAUUCGCGGUCCUGUGCCCAUAAUUCCUCAUGGCAAUUACCACACUCGUAAUAAGCGCCAGGUCGUGCCCACUGCCACCUACCCGGAAGCUGUGGCUGAGGCAAGCAGUGGUGUUGUGGCUGGCUACUUUCUGAACGGCCAAGGCUACCAGGACGUUGCCGUGCUCAAGAUCAUUUCUUUCAGCAACCCGAGCGCGAGCGGUGAAACGAAUUUCAACAACGAUUUCCAGGCCACAAUCAAGAAAUUUUUGGCUCAGUGCCAGAGCCAAAGCAAAACGAAACUGAUCAUCGACUUGAGAGAAAACGGUGGAGGAAACACGAACCUUCUGCUCGAUGCCUUCAUGCAGCUCUUCCCUCAAUUGGAGCCGUUCUCUGGUCAACGUUACCGUGCGCACGACGCAUGGCUGAAGAUUGGCGAGGCUGUCAACGAGAUCCGAAGUGACAAUUCCAUUGCGCGCAGCUACAGGUCGCUCAUGAGGGAGACUAUCGAGAACACCAACGUUUUCCGAUUCUGGGCGUACUGGCAUUUCAGGAGGGCCGAUGGCACAAAUUUUGAAAGCUGGGACGAGUUCAAUGGUCCGGUCCAACUGAACUCUGACGAGUUGACGGUCACUAUGCGCUACAACUACUCCAGCGCAGACCGCAUCUCCAUCGUCCCCACAGGCUUCAACUUCGUCAACGGCACCCGCCCAUCCAUUUUUGAUGCUAAGAACGUAGUCAUGUUUACGGACGCACUUUGCGGCUCAAGCUGCGCCUCAUUCCACGAAGAACUCAAGAACAUCGCCGGCGUCCGAGCUGUCACCGUCGGCGGUCUUCCAGAAAACAAGCCCAUCCAAACCGUCACCGGCUCCAAAGGCGGAGAAGUCGUUCCAAUGUUCACUUUCCCCCAAUACGCAAGUGACCUCCUCAACCUCUCAUCCGAGAUCGGUAUCUCUAGCGUCAAAAGCGACGACGCAACUCUCUCCGCACUCGCCAACGUCCCGCGCAUCGCCACGCGCGCUGGCGACAGUCAAUCCCGCGUGCAAUCGCAGGACCAGAUCCGCAAGGGCGAUUCGAGUGCUACUCCACUGCAGUUCAUCUACGAAGCAGCAGAUUGCAAAAUCUUCUAUACGCCCAAGACCUACUCGGACCCCGAUCUAGCGUGGAAGCAGGCCUGGGAUGCAUUCGUCAACGACACGAAUUGCGUACCCGGCUCGACGAAACACAACAGCUCGAUAAGUGGAGGGUUCAAGCCGUUUGGCGCCGCAGGGCUCACGGCGAACGAUCAGCCAGAUGCUCCGGCGAGCAAUAGUGGCGGGCCAGGCCAGAAUGGCGCAGCCGCUAGUGUGAGGGUGAGCGGUGCGCUUGUUGCGUUUGUGGGUGCGUUGAUGGCUGCGGUCAUGAUGUAA